ACCACACGUGUGCGUCCGCUAAAGACGUGAGUCCAACAGACAACUUUGAAAAGUUACCAUCGGGAGGAAGGUGCACUGUGCGGGCACGAUAAGAAAUCAGCAUUUUUCAGCAAGCUCGAAAAUGCCAUCGUACGUGCUCAAUCCACUUCUCGAUGAAGUCUUUUUCGAAGACGUUUUGCGCAAGAAGUUUCUCAGCCUGGAUCUUCGAGACCCCCCAAAAUCCCUCCUGUCCGUGAUGCCCAUAGGGUCCAAGAAGGCCGAGACUCCCUGCCCUCUUGGCCUGGGCGGAAUCAGCCUCCCGAUCGACUCCGGAGACAGCGCGCCCCUGACCUCCGGCCACUGGGGGCAGCACAUCGAGCAGCCUCUGCCGCGGUGGAACAAGAUGUCGUUCUGGGCCGAGCGCUCGGUCAGCAUGGUGGAGGCUGGCACGGGCGGCCUGCGUUGGCCGUCGGCGGGGGAGAACAGUCCCGGCGGUCACUGCAAGAUGCCUGCCGAUUUGUCCCCCACUGCCUCCACCCAAAGCUCCUCUUCCUCCUCCUCCUCGUCCUCGUCCCGGUACAAGACGGAGCUGUGCCGCACCUUCGCCGAGAGCGGCGUGUGCAAGUACGGCGGCAAGUGCCAGUUCGCCCACGGGAUGGAGGAGCUCCGCGACUUGAGCCGCCACCCCAAGUACAAGACGGAGCCGUGCCGCACCUUCCACACCAUCGGCUACUGCCCGUACGGCAUCCGCUGCCACUUCGUCCACAACAACGAGGACGACCUGGGGCCCGCCCAGGCCCCGCCGCGCUCCCGCCGGCCCCUGCUGCUGAGGCAGAGCGUCAGCUUCGCCGGGUUCCCCUCCGGCCCCCCUCCGCUCCCGGACCCCUCCCCGCUCCGCGCCUUCCUCCGCGCACCCUCCGUCUCGCCCCCGCCCGAGCUGCUCUCCUCCUCCUCUUCCUCCGACCCCUUCUCGGCGGUUUUCGACCCGGUCCGGGAGUCCCGACCCCAGUUCCAGGCCUCGCGAGAGCCGGGGUGUUCCUUCUGCUGCCACGCCCCGCCGUGCUCCGCCAGGGGCCACCACAAGGGCGAGGGCUGCCAGCGACAGCAGCAGCAGCAAAGCCUGCUGGGAGGCUUGGUGCCGGGCUCCAGGAGCCUGUCCUACACCUCACUCUCCGACCACGAGGGGGGCUCUGGGAGUUCGGCCAGCAGCCUCAGCGGGUCGGAGAGCUCGGUCUUCGAAGGGGCCGGGCGGCGACUCCCCAUCUUCAGCCAGCUCUCCGUGCCUGAUGACGCCCUCGGCAACGGCGGCUCUACCUUCUUCAUCUAGCCCCUCCCACACUCUUACCCAUAAUUCUGUGCGACCCAAGUGGCAGGUGUUGGCUUUGUGCAGAUUAUAAACACAUUUUGUAGACUUUUGAAGCCUUGAUUGUAUACUGUUGUAUACCUACUGUAAUGUAUGGGCCGUUGCUUGGCACCUAGGUAAGCUCUCCAGUCGAAAGCUUGUAUGCGUUUUACACACGAUUGAGUAGAAGAAUGGGGGGGGAACUUCAGUACUGUUAAAACAACAGGGUGGGGGUCGGACACCUCGUUUUCCUAACCCCUCCAGGAAUAUAAUUCAAAGAUGGGAUUUGAUCACAAUGUGAUUGAUGUUCCUGUUAAAAUUCCAUUUGGGCUGCUGCGAAUCCUUAACUUGUACGCAGCAACUAGAAUACAAAACUGAGGAGAAAAUUUUGAAGCAAACAAAUCUUGAUCUUAAAAUAAAUAUUAAAAAAAAAAAAACCAAAGAGGUAAAUCUUUCUGUGAUGGUUCUCCUGUCUGUACAGAGCUCGCCCGUUUUAUAUAAACGUUUCCACAAUUUUGAUAAUGUUUUAGAGGUUUCUGUGUAUUUUUAUACCCAAAAUGUGCGUUCAUCCAGACUGGUUGUUUUGUGCGUGCAUUUGUUCAGACUCUAGAAUACGAUGAGCUGCUUGGCAGAAGUUCAGUUUUUUGUUAAAUGGCGAAAAUAACAUUGUCAAAGUUUUAUAUGAAAGUUGAGCUCAACUUGUUUUUUUGUUUUUUUUGCGUUUUUUUGUUUUUUUCACUUCAGGGUAAGAAUGCUAUUCACAGUUCUGUAGGUUCUUCCAAGAUGUCUUAAGUCUUCAGAUUUUUGAAUAAGUAAUGCCUUUCUUGCUUACUGACAUAACACUUAGCAUUUGUUUUGUAUGUAAUCAGCCACAUUUACUUGGAAAUUAAUUGCUGAUGUAUUUUUUUUCUCUUCUUCCUGCAGUGCUUUUAAAACUGGGCUUUCCUUUUUAUUUAAUCAGGAACCAGCUGAAAAAAUAAGUCCAUACUGGUGUUUUUUCAAGGUGCUGUUUAAAAAGGGGGGGGAAAAAGUGCGCUUUUGAAGUCUGGAUUGAAUUUGAUUCGUUGCCCUGCCCACGCCAAGAAGUUUUGCUGAUGUCCAACUAUUGAUUUUUACACUGCACAUGGCAAUAUAGUUAUGUACUCUCUGUCAAUAGUUACUUAUGUUAUUGUCAGUGAAUAAGUAGAUUUGUUUUGGAGUUGUUUUGGUAGUUUCCUCUGGUAGGCUUUCUUUUCUUUUUCUUUUUUAUUAAGCUAAAGUCCACAUUUGCUGACAAGCUUCACGCUUGUUUACAGUGUUAUGGAGAAAAGACGACUAGUAAAUUAAUGUUUUUAAUUUAUUUUAAUAUGUAUUUAUAGAGAACUUUCAGUUAUUGUUUGGUUAUGUUUGUACUAAGUUUAAUAUAUUUGGGUUCUUUUUUUUUUUUUUUUUUCUUUUUUUUUUUUUGUACUGCAAAUAAACAUUUUUUUAAAA